AUGAAAUUCUCUACCAUCUUACCUAUACUUUGGGCAAGUUGUAAUCUAUGUAUGAUUAUCCCUGAAUUCGACGAAAUAGUUCGCUUCACUCAAAUUACUGAUGAUUCUCGAAAUACAAAGUCUCUAAAAAACUUGAGACAACAAUAUUCGGGGGGGUUUCUUAUGGGAGGGCUAGAUAACACUCACAAAACAGAGUUGAUUCCUUAUCGGUAUAUUGUAGUCUUCAAUGAGGAUAUUUCUAUCAAGUCUAUUGAAUCCCAUAGAAAGAUGGUACAAGAGGCACACAGUGUCUCUGUAAGCAAGCUUGCAGAAGAUGACGUAUUUUUGGAAGUGGUCUCCUCUUCAAUAGCACCUGAUUUGCAACUUGGAGGUAUUGAUAGCUCUUUUGAUAUAAACGGUUUAUUUCGAGGUUAUGCAGGCUAUUUCACAGACGAAAUCCUUAAUUUAGUUUCGCAAGAUCCACUCAUCAAGUUCAUCGAGCAGGAAAGUACGGUAAGAUUAUCUAACACAUCGAUGCAGAAAGACGCUCCCUGGGGAUUACACAGAAUUUCUCACAGAGAGAAAGCAAAAUAUGGCCAAGAUUUGGAAUAUUUAUAUGAAGAUGCGGCUGGAAGAGGAGUUACAUCGUAUGUACUUGAUACGGGAAUUGAUACGGAGCACGAGGAUUUUGAAGGGCGUGCUGUAUGGGGAGCCGUCAUACCGGGGAACGACGAGGCAUCUGAUUUGAAUGGCCAUGGGACCCAUUGUGCAGGGAUUAUUGGCUCGAAGCAUUACGGUGUAGCCAAAAAUACGAAAUUGGUAGCGGUUAAAGUUCUUCGUUCAAAUGGAGAAGGGACGGUUUCAGAUGUAAUUAAAGGUAUAGAGUAUGUGGCUAGGGAACAUAUAGAAUCCUCGAGGAAAAAGAGUAAGGAAUUCAAAGGAUCGACUGCUAACCUCUCUUUAGGAAGUAGUAAAUCAUUAGCAAUGGAAAUGGCUGUAGAUGCAGCUGUAGAUAGUGGUGUUCAUUUUGCCAUUGCAGCAGGGAAUGAAAAUGAAGAUGCUUGUCUUAGCUCGCCAGCAGGUGCUCAAAAAAGCAUUACUGUAGGUGCUUCGACAUUCAGUGAUGAUAGAGCAUUCUUUUCUAACUGGGGCACAUGUGUCGAUGUGUUUGCCCCAGGCAUAAAUAUCAUGUCCACCUAUAUUGGUUCAAGAAAUGCAACUUUAAGUUUAUCAGGUACUUCAAUGGCGGCACCACAUGUUGCUGGUAUGUUAAGUUACUUUUUGUCAUUGCAACCUGCACCAGACAGUGAGUACUUUGAUAACGCCCUUUCACCUCAAGAAUUGAAAGAAAAGGUUUUGAAAUUCAGUACGCAUGGAGUACUAGGUGAUAUCGGUGACAAUACUCCCAACAGACUAAUAUACAAUGGGGGCGGUAAAAUAUUAGAUGACCUUUGGUAA